UGUUUGUUUUCUUCAAUUCACACUUUGGUGUGAUGAUAAAAUAGAAUAGAAGGUUCCGGUUUUGAAUCUUCCUCCAAUGGUGUCAGCAAAAUGCAAAACCCAAUCUUUUGUCUGAGUUUGAAUUGUAGGUUUGGCUACCCUUUUGCCCUUUGCUUCCAUUCUUCUUCAUCCUAAAUUCUGCAGCAAUAGUAUAAUAGUACAAAGUUUACAGCGCACAACGACUAAUGAUAAAUCUAGGAAGAUCCGAUGUCUCUUUUUCCCACACCGUGAGGACAUAUAAGUAAACCCAUUAAAUAAAGUUUCCUCUUUAGAGUUCUGGGUAGUUCAAUUCUUCAUCCCAUUGGGUGACUUUCCUUGUCCCCUUUCCUAUGCAGAAUUUUGUGAUUUUGAUCAAUGAUCACCUUUGAGUCAUAAUUUUUUUGAUGUGUUUUGAGUCACUCUGCGUGUGAGAUUUUUGUGAGUAUACUGGAUUCGGCAUAUUGUGUACUGAAUUUCACCAUCUUCUUGUGAAGUUCGUCUCUUGUUCUAGAGGAUUCAAUUCUUGGAGCUGGGAAAUUAUAGUUUUGGUUUAUUGUCUCUAGUUACUUUGUUCGUCACUGUGGUUGUGGAAGUUAGCAAUUGUGUAUAUCUACUGCUACAGUAAGUCAACACUAGAUCCACGAUUGUUUACUAUCUGUUUGUAUAUUGAAUUAUUUUUUAUGCAAGAUAGAUAUUGGCCCCUUCUUUGAGUUUUAGCUUCAGAUUCCAUUUUUUGUGUUCGUAUUUGUCACUGUCAGAAAUUCAUUGCACUUGAGAGGAAACUUGUACAAAAUCUCCAUUUGUUUGCAGCUUACGCUGUAGGCAUAAUGUCAUUCCUGUGUGGCCUUCCUCUUAUUGAGUGUGUGUACUGUCUGGCUUGUGCUCGUUGGGCUUGGAAAAGAUGUCUUCAUUCUGCUGGCCAUGACAGUGAGAAUUGGGGCUUUGCCACAGUAGAAGAAUUUGAGCCCAUACCACGCCUUUGUCGCUAUAUUUUAGCUGUGUAUGAAGAAGAUCUUCGCCAACCCCUUUGGGCGCCUCCUGGUGGCUAUGGAAUUAGCCCUGAUUUUUUACUUCUCAAAAAGACAUAUGAAGAUACAUGUGGAAGGGCACCACCCUAUGUUCUGUAUCUCGAUCACGAGCAUGAGGAUAUAGUUCUUGCCAUCAGGGGUCUAAAUUUGGCAAAGGAGAGUGAUUAUGCGGUUCUAUUGGACAAUAGAUUGGGGAAGAGAAAGUUUGAUGGGGGGUAUGUUCACAAUGGGUUGUUGAAAGCUGCUGGUUGGGUUUUGGAUGCACAAUGUGAAAUUUUGAAGGAUUUGGUGGAAAAGCAUCCAAAUUACACGCUGACUUUUGUUGGACAUUCCCUUGGAUCUGGUGUGGCAGCUAUGCUGACAAUGCUGGUGGUGCAGAAUAGUCAUAGACUGGGAAAUAUUGAUCGGAAGAGGGUCAGGUGUUAUGCCAUUGCUCCUGCUAGGUGCAUGUCACUGAAUUUAGCAGUCAGAUAUGCAGAUGUCAUCAACUCUGUUGUACUGCAGGACGACUUCUUACCAAGAACAGCCACCCCAUUGGAAGAUAUAUUCAAGUCUCUUUUCUGUUUGCCAUGCCUACUGUGCUUGAGGUGCAUGAGGGAUACAUGCAUUCCAGAAGAGAAGAUGAUCAAAGAUCCAAGAAGACUCUAUGCACCCGGUCGCCUUUAUCACAUUGUUGAGAGGAAGCCUUUUAAAAUGGGAAGGUUUCCCCCAGUAGUGAGAACAGCAGUGCCGGUAGACGGAAGGUUUGAGCAUAUAGUCCUUUCCUGUAAUGCCACAUCUGAUCAUGCCAUCAUUUGGAUUGAGAAAGAAGCCCAAAGGGCUCUGGAUUUGAUGCUGGAGAAGGUUGAACCAAUGGAAGCCCCUGCCAAGCAAAAAAUGGAGCGUCAGGAAACCCUAACAAGACACAAUGUUGAAUAUAAAGCAGCAUUACAUAGGGCCAAAACAUUAGAUGUUCCACAUGCUUACACACCACCAUCAGAGUAUGGCACUUUUGAUGAAGAUGGAGAUGCCAGUUCAACAAGAUCUCAGGGUGAGUCUUCUAAUAAAAGUUCUGUGGAUGAAAGCUGGGAUGCUUUGAUUGAGCGUCAUUUGGACAAGGAUGAACAUGGCCACACUGUGCUCAAGAAACAAUGAUCAAGUCCUUCUACAAGACUUCAGAAUAUGCUUUAUUUAGUGUAAAAAAGUAAAAUUCCUUCAUUCUUGAGCUUCACUAGGGGAAUAAUAAAUAUUUUAGGUGUUAAUGGGAUCCAGGAUUCCAGUGUACUUAGAAUUUGAAGUUGAGAUUCAUAAAGCUGAUAGUUACAUG